CGGGCAUGAAACAUAGUGUGAGCUUGGAGAGGAAUGUGAAAGAUUCCUUUCACCAAAACAAGCAUCGAAAGAAACUUUCAGAUCCUUUGCGGACAUGUAAGAGAAUCACAGAUGAAUUCCCUGAUACCCGCUGAGGCGAGAUUCUUGACUUUAGGAAGCAAAGGAGUCGGCAAAUCAGGUAGGAGAAACGUAUUAUCUUUGAAUCCGUUAGAGAGACGCAACGAUACAGGGUUGUUUGAACGAUCUGGAGUUUCAUGUUAGACAGUUCUGAGCUUUAGAGAACAUAAAAGAUUCAUUUCCCACGAAAGUGCAGCGAGUGGUUUCAAUGUUAAUUGAUCAAACCGCAAUCGACUAAACACAACCGUACCACUCCGCAAGGAAAGAAGUCGGUCAAGCAAAAAUUAAAUCGUCUCAACUUCAUGUGUUACGUGCAUUCACUUUUCAAAAACAAACUGAAAAAAAGUUCUGUUGCUGCACUGUGCAGAUUUUAGCUAUAUGACUUUUUAUUUUCCGAAAAAGUUUGCAGAUAGCGUUUAAAGCCAAUUCACACUCAAUAUCUUUCUGUAAGCGGCAUUUGAAAGUUAUCCAUUAUCAAGCGCAAAUUAAAUCAACGUGUACAGAAAAUGUGGUAUUUAUGCAGAAUAAGGAAAAAAAGGAAGAUAUGUUUCUUUUAUCCAUAUAUAGAAUCACUUGCUAUCUAAAAGAUGACCACUCAAAACAGUACUUUAGGACUCUUUGUUGAAAGUAUUCAUUAACAAAACAGUCACGAAACGGUUAACGAGUUUGUAUUUAUUUUAUCUGUUUGUGUUUAUAACCUUAGGACAAUAACGUGAUAGAAACUUAUUGAAUUCAGUUUGCCGAUGGUCAUGUGCGAGAAAUCAAUCAGACGUACCUUUUGCGAAUAAUUUUUAAACCCUGUGCCCUGGUUAUUGCUGAUGACACACAUUUCAUAGCUGUUCUGCCAGUGAUCAAGUGUUCUUCUAAUAAUAAUUCUGCUUUUUUGAUGUUUCCCGUCAGAGGACCCCCAAACAUCCCCCCACCCCACUACCCCAUCCCAAUCAUCUUGACCGACGAAACGUGAUAAUAUUGUUGUGAACAAAUUCAUCCAUUUAUUAGACGUUACACCGUUCUUUGUUGAAAGUGAUUCGCUAUAGAGAGAUUCGUUAUCAUAGAUCUUUUUUUCGGAAGCAAAAUGCAAUUACCAAAUUUUAUCCGGUUUUAUAAUAUUAUCUCAUUUACAUCUGUUUUUUUUAAUGGGCUGCAAUCGGGGAAUGUACUACAGUGAAACUUGAUUUAGGCGGAAAACCACGGGAAUCUGGCUAGCGUCCGUUCAAUAGAGGGUGUCCGUUAAACAGAAGACCAAAGAAGCUAAUGCAGGUUUUAAUUGAUAAAUUGUGCAAUAAUAACAAGUGUAAUUUAUCAAAUGUUCUGAGCCAUUUUCUACAUUUCAAUUCGUGAAUUUUCCACCUUUCUUUAUUAAUUUACUAGUAGCAUGAAAAGAUACAUGGGGGAGCAUAUCCACCUGUACAAAUGUCCUAAAUCUUCUCUCUUUUUACCACCCAGCCACCCAGCCAGUCCCUCUCAGCACUUAGCGACAUCAGCUCCUCAUUCCAACUGCAAAUGUUUGCUUCAGCUUUUCUUUAUACUUCGAAGUAGUGCGUCUUCCUUUCUCCUCUUUUUGUCCAGUUGAGGACAUGUACAAAGUUCGUGUAACACUUUCUAUUACGUGUACUGACUCAAAUCAUUCUUAGGGUACGUGGUUUCCGUGCCAGAAAAGCGGAACCUGAAAGAAAUCAACUCUAGUUUCCAGACCAGAAAAUAAACAAAAUGUGUCUCGCACUGGAAAUAGAUACGUUUACCACAUGUUGUUCGCCUGAAAACAAAUGAGAUAAUUGACACCGUGCAUGUUUUUUUUUUCUCUUUUCAUCAGGCCGAUGGAUUCUAGGAAAAUACUGUAAAAGAGAACAAAAACAAGCGUCAAAUACGCGUUAUUGAUAAAUCAUAGAAUCCUUGCAAUAAUAACAACAAUGAACAAUAACAAUGCACAACAAUGAAUAUUAGCUAAGUGAGUGAUGAGUUGGAGCCGACUAGAAAGUAGAGAUCGAGGUUUUACAAAAAUGAGCAAACAACGCCUGUUAGAUAACAACCUGGGCACUAGAAAAUGAUGGAGUGUUGAAAGUAAUCCAGCAAUGGUUUUGCCGUAUUGAGCGCUAUGAACGGUCUUCAUAACGCUCAAUAGGUUUCGCCCCAUGGCAAGUUCACCCCAUACCAGUUCGCCCCCAUUACGAAAAGCUCACGUCAUCAACCUUGACAAGUCCGUCCCCAUUUUUUCUUCAACUCGUUUCCUUACGGCAGAAUGUGUUCCUUCAUAAGAAGAGGGGAAUAAUGACGGUCUUAAAAAAGAUUCUAAUAUGUUCGACUCGUCGGAAAAGGAACACGUUCUGCCUUACGGAAACAACGCCCCUAAGCAAGCCAGGGACAGGCUUGUAAAGGCAAGGGCGAACCGAACCGAAUAGGGCGAAACCCCUGGAUACAUUGUGAUUAUUUUGGUUUUGGGUUUUUACGACUCUCAAGCAAAAGAAGUUCUUCCUGGACAAAAUGGGUAAGGGAGAUGCUGUAAUUUUAAUUUGCUUUAAGAUUUCUGUUAUAAUAGUCUUAACAUUUUACAUCAUUUUUAUCACCAGCCUUAACUGUUCGUUUUCUGACGAAGAGAUUUAUUGGCGAAUAUCAGUCACUUAUGCGUAAGUAGAGAAUUUAAUAAGAAUUUAUCAAUAUGCGUUGUUUCUCUGCGACACCAAAACUGAACAUUUUCUGUUAUUGUUUGAAUUGAACUGUUUGGAAAUGAUAACAAGAUUUUUCUCCCAACCCACGCAUGCACCCCUAAAGUGAUCAACUAACUUGAGCUCCAUGAUUUGUUUUAUCCACAACGUCGCACGCAAACCAAUUCAAUCACAAAUUUUAUGGCCACGCUUAGCAUCAAAAGAAGCGCGAUGUGUCUGAGCGCCACAAAAAAAGUUUCUUUUUAAACUCCCUGACUUGUCCCUCCGUCUGUGCUCCACACCUACAUCAUGUCUCGUUUACCGACUGAACCCUUAAAAUAGGUUAGUAUUCCUGCCUCUGAGGGUUCAUUUUCGACUGACAUCACAUAUCAUUCUUCCCCAUGGUAUAUAAAAGACUCAUCCAAAACCGUUAGUAGACAGUUUUUAGUCAAACUAAUUGGAGCAACAAAUUGUUUCGGUUGCAUAGUCCUGGCCAACCGACCGUUAAACAUUGUAUUAAUCACCGACUCUCUUGUGCGUUAAUGUUUGUGUUCUCUGAACCAUGUCGGUUACUCUUUCUUAAUUUACUAGACAACUAACACGCACAUUAGUACAUUCGAUUCAUGCUCUCCAUUCUUUGCCUAUUUUGGCCAAAAUUCACGGAAUGAAGCAUGCUACAAGCUGACGCAGAGAUGGAGCCUGCGGGGUCAUUCGGCCACGUGCUUGAAUUCAAGCAGUGAACAUUCAACCGUUGAGAAAUUAGUGAAGUGAUUCAGGCUCUCUGUAUUUACUUAACAACACAAUACACGCAACUUUUAAUAUUCUAUUGAGGGUCACUGAUUAGAGCAAUCCUUGGUGCGCAAUGGAAACCGAAAAAGAGAAUCGAACAAUGAAUUGAACUUUCCCGCAUUGCUGAAAUAUAAUUUUGUUUUUAAGCAAUCAGGAAUGCCACAUGUUCAUCUCAAUAAUUGCUCAUUUCCUGGUGUUAAGUUGUGUAAUGAACAUUUAAUGCUCUGCUAAAGUGGAUUAAACCACACAAUGAUAAGAUCUUAGUUCGAACUUAAAGCCGCUUCAAGACAGACGUUUCCAUGGCAAUGUAGCAUUGGACUCCACUACUCCCUUACCAGUAUUCGUCUGCCUGUGGGAAUUGAUCAAAACCAAGCAGAACUUCUUUCACACUGAAAUAAACAAUUGUCUUAAGCCUCAGCCCUAAAUUAUGAGCACAAGCUCUCAGUUCAAUGAACAGAUAAAGUUAUUCUUAGAUAAACAUCAACAGAUUUUGUACGUCAGGUUAUGAUAAUUUCAUGUUUUGAAUAUUUUAACAUUUAAUAAUUGUUUGCAUUCUUUUCAAAUACCUACAAUAAACUCUUGUUCUCUAAUUCUUGAUUUCAGAAUUAACCUACAGUCACAAAAUCAAGCUGGACGAUGAAUUUCUAACAUUUGAGUUUCGUGAUACCAUUGAAAAGGUACGAAUUAAUGUAUUCUGAAGGUCUUUCUGACGGCUUCGCCAAGUUUUAAAAGCUUCUUUUGUUUACUAAACAUCAAUUAAGCGUAGGUGACGUUUGGAUUUGGCUUACCUCCGACAAAAGACUGAAUCUAAUUCAUUUUUUAUUAGGUAAUGUUCACAUCGCCCUAUUUAUUUUGUAGAUAUUUUAAAAGAUAGUUGUUCCUCUGUCGUUUUUUACAUACAUCUCAUCUGUUUUUAUCUUACUAUAUGCCUUGCCAUAAAAAGUCAGCUAUCGAAUUUUACUCUGUGACUUGUUGUUUGGACAGACUCCAUUCGUAUGUACAUAUAUGCUCUUAUAUACAGAUUUCUCAGCUUAACAAUAAUAUCUAACUUCUUCUAUAAUCACGGUAAUUACAAUCAUCCUGUGCUAAUUAUAUUUGAGGCCCAUACAUAAAGGGAAAUCAUUCUGCUAAGUUUUUAAAGUUUCGAAAAAUCUUUUGCCAAAAUGUUCGAAUUUUUCACGAAAAGGACUAAGGCUCCAAGUUCAAAACAACGACAAGUACAAACUGCUAAGUCGUUCAGUCCUCAAAAUCAACAGCUCAUAGAAAUUGAAUCCAACGUUAUGCUCACGCCUUCGUAUGCACUGCGCGUUUAAUUAGGCACAUAGAAAUUUUGUUCCCGCGGGGGCCAUGCGAUUGUUUGACGGAUCACUCGUGCAGCAGCUAUAGAAAAGGGUUAAUCUCAAAAAGAAGUUCGAAAAUUAGAGAUGAAUUGGGACAUUGUGACGUUCAAACGAAAGCCUGUCAAUCUUUCAUGUACUGAUAAGGAAAAAAAAAAAUUUAAGUAAUCUUUGUCAGAGAGUUGAGAAAUUGGGUGGAAAGAGAAACAGCUGAGCACUGUAUCCCACCCAUACAGUUAGGUACCGACCCUACAACCUUCCACACGUCAAGAUCGAUAUCGUAAAAUUCUACUUUGUCUGUUCUUUCGCGGGAAUUUUUCUUUCCUCCGAGGACGUAGAUAUGAUUUCCUACGAAAGCUAUCCCUGCCAGCGCUCUUGAUAUGCACAGAUUAGCUAUGUAUGUCCAGGUGUUAUUCUCUAUGUCAAAAGCCUCACAAGAGCUGUGCGACGAGUACAAAUCAUCUUGGGUUCCCCCUACUACGUAAAGGUUUCCUCCAACAGCUACUCCGCAUGCGUAUGCUCUACGGACCUGCAUGGGUGUGGUCAUGGUCCAGGUGUUUGUUCUGGGAUCAUAUUUUUCAACCGUGCUCAGGUACUUGAACGGGUCAUUGGCAUUAUCGUUUUCUGUUUUUCCACCGAUGGCGUAAAGGUAUUUAUCAGAUACUACGCAUGGACCACCUCUGUUUGAUGUCAUUGGGGCGACCGCUUCCCAGAUGUUCGAGUUCGGAUAGUACCUUCAAAAAAGAAAUGAUCUCUUUUUACCUCAGUCUUUCAUAGGAGCACAACAUUCUUUACACAUGACCUGGCCAACAAUAAUCAAUAUCCUGAUUACAAAACACAACAUUUUCGAUUACCUCAAAACAGUGUUUAGCGGUCUUCCUCUAUGCCAGCCACCUACUGCGUAUAAAGAACCAUUUAGUUCAGCCACACCAAGAGCAGAGAUUUCCUUAGCCAUCGGUGCUACUCCUGCCCAUGUGUUAGUUCUGUGAAAAUCACAUGUAAAGAAGCAUCAAAAUUAUCUUUACAACGAGUAGCUUAGCUUCUCAAAGUGACUAAAACUUACCCCAGCCCCCCACCCCCCGACAUCUUCUCGGGUUUUUAAAACAGUACGCUGGAUUGAACCGGCCAUGGCUCACAUUCAGACCUCCUGGAUUCAUUUCCGUUACACAACGGGCCACUGCAUCACUCCCACUGUGGGUAAAUAACGAUUAAUACCUGACAAUAACCUACCUGUAGUCAUAUCUCUCCAUGCUUGACAGAUGCCCAUUCAGGGAGACUCCUCCCACUGUGAAAAUAAACCCCUCGCAUGCCACAGCGCCGUGACUGAAGCGCGGGAUUAACAUUGGCGCCAAAUUGUACCACUGAUUGACAGAAGGCACGUAACACUGAGUUGAGGAACGCAAUUCGUCUCCAGGUCCCCAGAUCGUAAUGAUGGCAUCUACAUUGGAAUCCAAACAUUUCCGCGUCUUGCAGAUAUCCCUGAUUGGCUGACGCUGAGGUCCAUGUAAUGCAUAUGACUUCAUGGCUUCGUAAAGAAGCUUGGUGCACUCAAGGUUAUUGGUUACCAGUUCUUCAUUUUCAACAUAUUCUGCUAUGUAAUAUUUUGACAUGCAACCCAAGCGAACCUGAGAGAGCAACCGCGGGAAAUUCUCUCUCCUGUUAUUCACGUCAUGUUUGACCCACGAAACGACCGCUUCGUACACCUGUUCCUCCGUCUCCACAAUAACGUCGUCUAAAGUGAUAAGCUUCUCAAUCUCAGAGAGGCAAAGAUGCAGGAAUUCCUCCGAUUUCGAAACAGCCACGAAGUUCUCAAGAAUAAAGCUCUCAGACUUGUCCAUGAGUUCUUCACAGUCAAAUUUCUCUGAAAACGCUCUCAUUGACAGACAAUUUGAAGGAUUUAAAAUUCCUUCUAAGUACUCACUCCCUUUAUCCUUUAAGCUUGUUAUUAACAGGUAAUCAGCAGCGAAAACCAGUUCUUUGACAUUCUCAUCGGUUAUUUCAACUUCUCCCGUGUAUAUGUAAUGAAGCAGAUCAUUCAUCACAAAGGCUCGAAAUCCUUCGAGUUUGACUUCAAGUUGAUGUUUUUCUUUCAUGUCGGAUGUAAACAAACCAAGGAAAUACUCGCUACAUGCCGCUAGGACGUUUUUGUGGGCUGGAAAUUCUUGCCCGUCCACUUGAAGAAUUGUGUCGCACAAUAUCUCCUGCCGACGAAAAUCAUCCAUUCGCUUGUAAAGAUUUUCUUCGUAGUUAAUUCGUGGCUGGCGGAGAUAUCUAUCUGUUUCUUUCAAAUCCAUUACUUUGUCUGAUGGUUUUUAUGUCUGAGGAACACACACUUUCGAUUCCGGUAAUCAAUUUGAAUGAAACACGUGAAAUUCAGAAAAAAAAAUUUAUACAGUAGAGUCCUUCGACGAUCUUCGCUUUCGUCGCUGAGAUGAAUUUUUCCCGUUAUCCAAAUGCCAACAAGCGCAUCCGAUUUUUUUUAAAAAUAAAUAUCACGCUGAGUCGAGAAAGCCAUUUAAAAACAUCAUUGCCUUCCCCGAGACACGUGGCAGGUGUUGUUAUCCUUAUAUGGAUAUGAACAUUGCUUUCAGAUGGCUCUCUGCUUAAUCGAAAUCAUAAAAGCGUCCGUUUAGCUCAUAAGUCAAAAAAAAAAAAAUUAACGAGAGGUCUCGGUAAAAGGAUGAAGAUGUUCUGCCAACGGAAGUCACGAGAACGAAACAUGACAAUUACGAAUACGUCAGCCGCGGCGAUUUUGCGUUUUGAGAUAUGCAAAUAAUUUGUAAGAAAGUGAAUAAUCAUUGACACGAAUUUGAUUUUCGACACACAUUUAGACUUUCGCAACCGGAAUGAUUCAAAUAACAUCGACUCAAAAAUAUGCUUCCUUAUUGCAAGCCGAAAUUUAUUUUCAAACAUAGUAGUUUUUAUAAUUCAGAACGACUUUGAGAAAAAAAAAGGAAAAGAGGAUUUAUUUUCAUGCAUGACGUUAAAAAUUCAUUGACUGUACUUGACAUUUGUUCCAUAAAAGUGCUGGGAAGCUACUGAUUUAACCUUACUAAAGAAAGAUACCCUAAAGCAAAACUGUUUUACUUGACCUCGAGACGAUUAUUACAAUUUUUAACAUAAAGGUCAGAAAAGCGUGUUGCUCUGAAAAACCGUAUCAUCCACUUAAUAUCAAUGGUGCGUUUAAAAGAGGAAGAGCAAAGGUAGAAAACACUAGCAAAAAAAUUUCUGAAAUUCAGUCUCUGCAAGCCGCUUCGUUCAACUCGACUUUCCUUGAAAAAAUUUCAAGAAAAGUAUUUCUUCAAUGGAAACUGAGAACCACUCACGAAAUUGAAUCUUAUUUCUACAAGAAGGCUUAAUUAAAUAUGAAGACCCCAAACUCUGUGAAAAUUUGAGUGGAUUCAGGACAAACGCAUGUAUGUUUUGUAUUAACCAAUUCAAAUAUCCUUUAAUUGCUGACAAACUUUUUCAAAUUCAAAUGAUACCAAGUUCUGUUGAUAAUUUAUAUAUGCGACAGUUGUGCGUGGAUUCCGUCUGCAAUCAAUCAACUGCGAUCAAUUCUGCACGAACAUUUGGGUCAAAAUAGAAGAGACAACUAUUUUAAGAAUAAGAAGUCGCUAAAAAAUUGGGGUUCUAUAAUAACAGGGUUUUACUUUCACGUGCCAUGGAACCAGAUGAGUUUCCAAAGCACGUGGAAGUUACUCGUGAGGGAGAGCACCCUAUCCAGGGGUGAAGCAGUUAACAAAAGCCUCAGACGAUGUGGUCCAUUUGGUUCAUUCUUGUAUAGGCCUCUAUGGAAUUUUUUUUUUCUUGCUCUGAUAUCUUGUUCCCUUGUUUCCAGAGCGAUACGUCUCAAGUUGAUAAAGACAUCAAAUGGGCCGACGCUUUUCUCGUGGUGUAUUCCAUCACGGACAAAAACAGCUUUAAUAAUGCCAUACAUCUGGUUGAAGCAAUCUACGACGGCAAAGGCACAGAUGAAUUGCAUGUCGCUCUGGUGGGAAACAAGAUAGAUCUGGAGCAUUUCAGAAAAGGUAAGAAAACAGAUGUCUUAAAAAAAACGCCUCAGACAAACAGCCCGUCGGGUUCAAAGACUGAAACCUUAAAAGAAAUCCGUCAACCAUGACCCAAACUACUUCGUGAUGAUCAGUGAAACUUUAAAAGUCACGAUAAUUUUGAUAUGACCUUGAGAGAGGAAACGGAAGACAAAUGUCAAAGGUAUUCAAUAAAUAUUAUGAUACAGAAUACACCACGGAACGUGGUUGCAAAAAAAAUGAAACCAUCGAUCAUUAACCCUUGGUGGGUUUUCUGAACAUCCGGAAAUGAAUUUUUGAAAUUCUGACCCUUUGUGCCUGAAAAAGACCAUUCCAAAAUACUACUGACCCAAACAUUGAUAAGCCGCUCAUCCUUAGUUUAUGCUUUUCAGUAACCACAAAGGAGGGCCAAUCGGCUGCUGAACAGCUCGGAUGCAUGUUCUUCGAAGUUUCCGCUGCAGAAAAUUACGAUAAUGUUCAGGAGGCGUUGAAUGUUGUCUUCCGAAGGGUGGCGCUUCACAAGAAAUACUUGCGACAGGAGAAGGAAAAGCGAAAAAACACUAAUCCACAGAUAGAGAAAAAGAAACAGAAAUUUGGAAAUUCUCUUUUCAACUGGAAAAACGAGAAAAAGAAAAGUCCAAGACGAGCAGACACACUUUAAUUUUAAAAUUAGUGUUCUGUUGACUAGACUGAUUUUCGACGACCUAAAUUUUCCUACGAGUUAUCAAGCUGGGCUAGUAACAGUUUGAUGAGGUCUUCUCGUGCCUUUCUUCUUGACUGCGAUAAAAAUAAGUUCCCUACAAGAUUAAAAUACCCGAAAAGUGACUAUAGGACUCUCUCUGAAUCAGUGUUGUUGUCCAAACGCAACGUGUGUACAAUACAGAAGGGUAGUCAGCGAUGAUAGGUUUUUAUUUUCCUAUUUACUUUUACAAGAAACGAAAUUUACUUGUCAAAAACACUUAUCAAACGUUGAUUACCCCACUUUACCACAAUUAAGGCCUAAAUUCACGCUCUGAGAGCUCUUUUGCUAAAAAUCCCUGACAAAUCAUGAGAAAGGCUUCGUGAAGCUAGCCAUUUGUCUUGUAAAACAAACCUGCUGACCUUAGUGGGGUGUAUUACUAGGAGGAUAAAAGAAAAUUGUGGUCGACUGAUAGCGGAAAGGGAAAUGGUAAGAACUGGCUUUGGAAAGCCGUAGGCCUAUGAUCAUCUCAUGACAUACAGAUAUCCCGAGCGAUGCAAGAGUGCACUUCUUGUGCAGCGCUCUGGGUUAGAACAGUUUGAAGUUUGAAUACUGCGCGACAGAACUACGUGUAUUCAUAAAUUCCAAAUAAAGCCC